AUCAUUCUGUCAGACCUCGAUCACACCUGGUGAACUGAUUUUUGUUUGUGUGAAGGGCUUAAGUUUUGUUUUCGCAAGUGUUCGGGCCGUUCGCAUGGUUCGUUUGGCCCGCCGGUGGGAUGGCCUCGCUGUGGUGCAGAAGAGGCUUCGUAAGGAGGGCCGGGCUUGGAUUCGAGAACCAGAUUCCAAGGAGAAGGAACCUGUUGAUGGUGCAGAGUCUGAUCAGGCCGAAGACUCUGGCCCACCUCUGAAUGCCGACUGCCUGAAAUACAACGACACCAUCCUGUGGGAGAUGUUUCAUUGCUGGUGCUUUAAACCAAAGCCAACAGUUGAUAAAAUUGAGGCUGAGGUGAACGCCCUCUUCGAGAUUUCCGAGUACAGGCCGCACCCCAAACAGGCCUACAAAGAUGCCUGGACGUUGAAGCGCUUGUGGGGGUACGCACAGCGUCGGCAAAGAGCCGCUGAGAAGAGAAAUCAAACACCACGGCAAUCUAGGUUGAACUAUCAAUUUUUCCUUAUGUGCUAGUUCAUGAACCGUAGCUCAAAUCCAAAAAGCAUUCGAUGGAACGGCCUGGCGAACUAUACAACUGCUCAAUGAGGAUGCUGGGACGCGGCUACUCUUCGCGAAGAUCAAAGAGGUUUGUGAACAACAGCAUCGUUUCGGCCGCCGUUUCAUCAAGAGUCCUGCCAGAGACCAGCUGCAGGAAGAGGAGGCCGAGACCGACCCCUAUCAGAGUGGAGCCGACCUUGCGCCGUGCGCCAAUGAGGACUCCAAGGAUCCAGCGGCGGAAGAUGAGGAUCUAGAAGUGUUGUCAUUUGUUCCAGCUCCCAAGAGCAAGGUUCAUGAACUGCAAAUGGAGCUCAUCAACUUGCAAAGGGAGAUUUCCAAAAGGCUAUCAAAAGGUUUCUAGCCUUGAGCAUUGAAGCAUUUUUGGCGGGGUUUGGAGAUGCUUUUGAAAAACAGCGGAAAAUAUGGAAACCCAUCAGCCCACGCCGCCGGCCC